AUGGUCGCAGACGCUUUGGUUUACCAUCCUGCAUUGGCGCACUACCUGCGUUUUGUCGCGACGACCGUGGGUCGUGACAAACUCCUCCGUACUGUGCAGUACUUUUCGCGUUUCUAUGCUUGGUACCUGUACCGCACCAACCGGCCACAGUCCUCUAUCGACCCCUACAAUGCUGUGAAGAAGCAGUUCGGAACGACGCGUAAGAUCCUACGGAUCGGCAAAUUCGUCGAGCACCUCAAGGCCGCCGCCAUCGCCGCAGACAACAAGAGCCCGAUCGACCCCAUCCUGCGCUACCUUGCCGUCGGUCGUCAGCUGGGAUACGCGGGUUACUUGACCCUGGACACGAUCACCGUCAUUGACACCAUUGGUGUGCGGAAACUCGCCGCCGCCAAGCGGUUGCAGGAGAGUGCCUAUCGGUCGUGGAUGGCUGGUUUGGUCUGUAGCGCUUUCGCCAGUGCUUACACUAUCUGGAGACUGCAGGAGAGGGAGAAGACCCUCGAUCGGAAGGAGGGUGAAGGUGUUGUGGAAGCUAAGAAGAUUGAAAAGUCGGAACGCUCGGCCGCUCGUACCCAACUCAUCUCGGAUCUUUGCGACUUGACUGUCCCCAUUUCUGCGCUGGGCUUUGCCUCCCUCGACGAUGGACUUGUUGGUAUUGCCGGUACCGUCAGCAGUGUGAUUGGUGUGGUAUCUCAGUGGCGAAAGACGGCAUAG